AUGGCGCAGACUCUCAUGGAUGUCUUCUACUCACUCUCCAACUGUGUCUUCUGCUUCCCCGGAUCGCCUCAGCUCAAGAUCAAUAGUCGCAGCUUCCGUAUGCUGCGGCUUCUCGGUGAGGGUGGCUUCUCCUACGUCUACCUCGUUCAGGACACCUCGGACUCUGCGCUUUACGCCCUGAAGAAGAUCAGAUGUCCCUUCGGACAAGAGUCAGUCUCACAAGCGCUGAAAGAAGUGGAGGCGUACACACUCUUCUCGCCCAAUCCGAACAUAAUACAGAGCGUUGAUCAUGCCGUCCAGAACGACUCCACGACCAAAGUCUCCGGCAUUGGCGAUACGGGCGGCUCCUCGAAGACGGUCUACAUCCUACUACCGUACUACAGGCGAGGUAAUCUGCAAGACUUGAUCAACGCCAACCUAGUCAACCACACCCGCUUCCCUCAACGGAAACUCAUGAAGCUCAUGCUUGGCGUCUGCAACGCCCUGAAGGCCAUGCACCAAUACCGGGUUCGAAAUGCAAAUCCGAACGCCUCCUCGCGGGCUGCUGCAAAGGCCAUUCGCGAUGAGGCAGCUGCAGAAGAUGCCGACGCAGCGCGCCGUAAAGCACGAGCGCAGAAGAGAACCAUGACUGCCGACCAGCAACAUCAAGCAGACAUGGAGGAUGAGCAGGAAGAGCCUCUUAUGCCAGAUGAAGUAACGAGGGCACAAGAAGGCAAAGGUCCGGGCGAUACAAGAGCAUAUGCACAUCGAGACAUCAAGCCUGGAAAUAUUAUGGUUGAUGAUGACGGCGAGGCACCGAUACUCAUGGACUUGGGAUCGCUGGCUCCGAGUCCGACGCCGAUUACUAGCCGAAGCCUUGCUUUGGCCGUUCAAGAUACCGCAGCAGAACACUCAACAAUGCCAUAUCGCGCGCCUGAGCUCUUCGAUGUGAAGACCGGCAGCGUCAUUGAUACCAAGGUCGACAUCUGGAGUCUGGGCUGUACGAUGUACGCAUGUUUGGUUGGCAAGUCGCCUUUCGAAGCACGCUCCGAUGAGACAGGUGGAUCACUGUCCAUAUGUGUACUCAGUGGAGACUGGCGAUGGCCAGGCGAAGGCAAUGCAAGCAAGGGCAAGGACAAGCAAGCAAAUAGCGAUGGGAAUGCUGCGAACGGUGCCGAGCAGUACCCCUGCGCUUCUGUUCGAGACAUUGUCAGUAGAUGUCUGCAGGUCGAGCCGAGUGAGCGACCUGAUGUCGACGAGUUGAUGGUGUUGAUCACCGAUUGCAUCGAGGAACUACCGCGGGAUGAGGAGGCCAGCGUCCCUCACGACUGA